AAUCAUAGAACAGUUAGGAUUGGAAAGGACCUUAAGAUCGUCUAGGUCCAACCCCCCAGAGUUGUAAUAGGAGAGGGAUGAGCUUAUUUAUCUUUAAUGGAUGGACCAGUCGUCUCCAACCUACAUGCUUGCCAACUUAACCCACUUGCAUUCGGAACAGCUUCUACAAGGCUUAAACCUCCUUCGCCAGCAUCACGAGCUCUGUGACAUUAUCCUUAGAAUUGGCGAUGUCAAGAUCCAUGCCCACAAAGUGGUGCUUGCCAGCAUCAGUCCAUACUUCAAAGCCAUGUUUACUGGGAACCUUUCUGAAAAGGAGAACUCGGAGGUGGAGUUCCAGUGCAUCGAUGAGGCAGCACUGCAGGCCAUCGUGGAGUAUGCCUACACAGGAACAGUGUUUAUCUCGCAAGACACUGUAGAGUCACUUCUCCCAGCUGCAAAUCUUCUUCAGAUCAAACUGGUAGUGAAGGAGUGCUGUGCGUUUCUCGAAAGCCAGCUUGACCCUGGUAAUUGCAUUGGGAUUUCUCGUUUUGCAGAGACCUAUGGAUGCCAUGACCUCUACUUGGCUGCUAACAAGUACAUUUGUCAAAACUUCGAAGAUGUUUGUCAGACAGAAGAAUUUUUUGAGCUUACGCAUUCUGAAUUGGAUGAAAUAGUUUCUAAUGACUGUUUGAAUGUUGUGACAGAAGAAACUGUUUUUUAUGCACUAGAGUCCUGGAUCAAAUAUGAUGUGCAGGAGCGGCAGAAAUACUUGGCACAGCUCCUACAUUGUGUUCGGUUGCCACUGCUGAGUGUGAAGUUUCUUACAAGGUUAUACGAAGCAAACCAUCUCAUUCGCGAUGACCAUACUUGUAAACACCUGCUGAAUGAAGCCCUAAAAUAUCACUUUAUGCCUGAACACAGACUUUCCCACCAGACCAUGCUGAUGACACGACCUCGCUGUGCUCCUAAAGUUCUUUGUGCUGUAGGAGGAAAAGCUGGACUGUUUGCCUGUUUGGAAAGUGUUGAAAUGUAUUUUCCCCAGAAUGACUCCUGGAUAGGCCUGGCACCUCUUAGCAUUCCCCGCUAUGAAUUUGGAAUAUGUGUCCUAGAUCAGAAAAUAUAUGUUGUAGGAGGGAUUGCAACCCAUGUGUGUCAAGGCAUCAGUUAUCGAAAGCACGAGAAUUCAGUGGAGUGCUGGGACCCCGAUACGAACACUUGGACGUCUCUUGAAAGGAUGUUUGAGAGCCGGAGUACUCUGGGAGUGGUGGUUCUGGCAGGAGAGCUCUAUGCCUUAGGUGGCUAUGAUGGGCAGUCUUAUUUACGAACUGUAGAGAAAUACAUCCCUAAAGUGAAGGAAUGGCAGUUAGUGGCCCCGAUGAACAAAACAAGAAGUUGUUUUGCUGCAGCUGUCUUGGACGGAAUGAUAUAUGCUAUUGGUGGUUAUGGUCCUGCCCAUAUGAACAGCAUGGAGCGUUAUGAUCCAAGUAAAAACUCAUGGGAGACAGUAGCUUCAAUGGCUGAUAAACGAAUAAACUUUGGUGUCGGUGUCAUGCUGGGCUUCAUUUUUGUAGUAGGGGGACACAAUGGUGUGUCUCACUUAUCAAGCAUUGAGAGAUAUGAUCCUCAUCAAAAUCAGUGGACCGUAUGUCGACCCAUGAAGGAACCCAGAACAGGAGUUGGUGCAGCUGUAAUUGAUAACUACCUUUAUGUAGUUGGAGGUCAUUCAGGCUCGUCCUACCUGAACACUGUACAGAAGUAUGAUCCCAUCUCAGAUACCUGGCUGGACUCUGCUGGGAUGAUGUACUGUCGAUGCAAUUUUGGUUUGACUGCACUUUGAUGUAAAGCAGGACUUUACAGGCCCAAUGCAAAGAUUGAGCUUAAUCUGCUUGAAAAGAACCCCUGUUGGUGGAGACCGUAAGCUACAUUUUCUGAAGCUGGAAAAUUGGAAUAAUGUGAUGUUGGGAUUGAAAUGAGGAAGGAUUUGUUUUCUUCCUGCAAUUGGCCUUUGUUACGUUAGUGACACAGGCAGGAGGAGUCGAAAGCUUAUUUACCAGCUGGGUUUAGAUAGCAUCCUAUUAAUGGCAGUGAAUUUGAGAGAGUACUAUACAUGCCUGGGAUACGGUUAGAAAAUUUACUGUAUAUCUAACCCUUUCACUUUCUAGAGCUCUUCUCUCUUCCUCCUGCCUACUAUGAAAUACAAAGUUUACUGUGCUUGGGGUGAAAGAUGUGUGAAUGUAUUUUAUGGCUGGACACUUUGCUGAUAAUUGUCUGGUUGUGUCUUCAUAUUAAGAAAAUGCCAGUGCUUCAUAUUUUUUUUUAUGAACAGUAACUAAAGGGCUGCCUUGUUUCUGUAUCUCAAGGUUUGUAAAUAAUAAAUGCCAUAGUAUGUUGCCUGUACACUCUCCUUUGUCACCUGCUUACUGGUAGGAGGGCCGGGAGGAUAAUUAUUGACUACUUAGAUAUUGACAAGGCAAAUCUAUUGCCUCGUAACAAAGUUUUUUGAUAUGAUGAAGAGAAAUCACAUUUUUAACUUUCCCUUAUUUUUUUGUUUUGUGGGUAAAUGAAUACUAGAUUAAAUGACUUAAUCUUGCAAGCCUGCUGUGUGUUUUCAACUGUCAUGCAAGGAAAAAUGACAGCAGUAAUGCCACAGGAUCAUUCAUGGCAUGAUAUAAGAUAAAUACUGAAAAAUUAAUCCAUCCCAUCCUUCUCCCAAGCGCACUUGUGUUCAUACUCCAUACAACUUCCUUUUUAAAAGAAUGUAUGAUUGCUUUCUCAGAGUGUUCAGACCUAAAAAUGGUGCUAAAUGUAGGACAUAAUGAUAAAGCUGUUACUGAUUUUAGUGCAGUAUGCAUAAAGCAUGAUUGUUUUGAUUGUUCUAGUGUUUUUGUUAUUUGCUCCAUACAUUUGUGCCUAUGAAAACUGUCAAGCAUAACAAAAUGCACAGCAUGAGCUCGUUUGUUACAUUGUUUUUGUAUUUUGUUUUUACAGAAGUCCUAAGUUUAUUGUUCCUAUUCUCACAAGUACAUAAAUAGGGAAUGAAAAGUGAGAUCCUUUCUCUGGUUCUUCAGACAGCCUUGCUUCUAACACAGGUUGCAGUGAGUGGAUAGGGCUGUUCAUCCCAAGCAUGUGUCCUAUGUAAUGGAACACUGAAGAUCUGUUCCAGUGACUAACCAGAAUCUCAAGAGUUAGAACUUUCUGGUAGGCCUAAACUUAGUGAAAAUUUGGGCAGAUAACUAGAAAGCAAUGCUGUGUGUCAUAACCAUUAUUUAAAAUAGAUGAGUGAAUAAAUAGUAGCUAAUUUAAAAUGUUCUGGUUUGUUUUCUGAUUUUUAACUAGGAAUCACGGUUAUCUUGAAUUUCUGUUUUGACGUCUGUAUAUGUGUUGUCAGGCCUGGUACUGAAGAAUUUUUCUGCCUCCAGAGUUACUUUCUCCUUGUUUUAAUGUUUUACAUUGAUGUUUGUUACCCUUUGUUUUUCAAGCCCAUACAGUAUUAUUUUUGAAGGUGCAAUAAUAUUUGAAAUAGUUGCUUUAAAAGCCAUUUCUUUAAAAGUAUGUGUAGUGGAGGAGUUUGAGUGUAUUUGAUUUAUUCUGAGUUCCUGCAAAGCAAAUUGCAGCCAUGCAGCAAGCAGUGGUGUUCCUUGUUCUUCCAUACACUAGCAUUCAGAUUUUAAACAGUCAAGGAGGCAAGAGUGUUUUCACUGUAAGACAUUAUUCAUAGAUAACAGGUGUUUUCACAGGUUAUAAAAUCCUGCAUGUAUUCUUCAGAAUGGUAGAAUGAAGCAGGACUUUAUAAGGUAAUAAAGGUAACAAUAAAUAAAAGUAACAAUUCCAGUGUUUUCAAUGCAGUUUAUUUGACCCACUAAGGAUUCUAGUUUUAUAGCAAUAAUAGCAUAAUUAUCCCAGUGAAUCUGUUGAUAGGGCACAAGUAGUUACAUGCUUGUACAUGGCAUGUUUGUGGAUAGGGAGGAGAAAGAACAGGAGACAGGUUGGGGAUUGGGGAAUUAACAUAGUUAAUUCAGCCCUUUGCAGAGAUUGCCUUCUCAUUCUGUUCAGGUGAAUGCACAAGCUGAAUGUUUUUGUGUGCUGUUUCACUUCUUGUUCUGUUUCACAGAGAUGCUAUUGAUUAUCAUAUUUUCUAAUACACACCGGAGGUAAAGAUGCUUAAACUAAUAUUAUAAUAAGAAAAAUUCCUUACGUAAAAGAGAAGUUUGUGCCUUCUACUGAUAGGAGGCUUUCCAGGCAGUUCAGUAUAUACUAUGCUUUUUAAGAGUUUAACACCGAUAGAAUUCCAUGAAUGAAGAUGCUCACAAACCUGUUCUGAUUAGAAGUACUAGUAAGCACUGUUUUCAGUUAGUGUAAAGUGGUGCAAGGUAUAGAAAUGGUUUUGACUUCAACAAAAAAUCUGAAGGUCAGGAUGGUGGUUAUUCACUAUUUACAUAAACAUCUUUCAUUGAUGGAAGUCAAAGCACUAUAACUGCAAAAUGUUUUAUUCACUUUACCUAGGCAGUGGCAAUGUUAAAUUGGGGCAUAGAGAUGGAUGUGGCAUUGCUAAAUUUAAGGUAGCAGCAUAAACAAUUUUUUAGUAAGCAAACUUGGUAUGAAGAAUGGGAAAAAAUGCUUAAUGAAAUACAGUGAAGAUCAGGUGAUUUGUUUAGCUAGAAAUGGAUUGAGCCGGGUAUCAGUUGUGGGAUUACGUCACUUAAAAUCGUGCCAUCUUCAUUUUCUGUUCUGGAUACUUGUCCUUUUCACUGAAGUGCUUGGUUGUAGAACGAUCAGACACAACAAUUGGUUUAAAUUUGCAUCUAAAGAACAAUGCUCUCAUUGUAAUACCUGUUUUGCAGUGUAAGAAUUAAGGACCUUCAAAUAAGAUGUCAUACAACUGCAAAUUAUCAUCCAGUUCUAUUUCUUAGUCACUCAAAAUUGUCUGUAAAGCACUUAAAAGUGGGUAUGUGUUUAUAUGUGUACAUACAGUUCCUGAAUUUCUGCUUUUUUUCCUUUUUAGAGUUACUCAUUUGUAAGCUUGUUGACAGUCUCUCCUACUACCAAUGCUUCUCUUUCAGAAGGUCUAGUUGGAAUCUCUAGAGGGCCAAAUGUGUCCAGUAUGUGUGACACUUACUUUAUUUUUCCUGGGAGAUAGUAUGUUGCUUUUGUCAGUUUGCCAUCUGUAAGUCCUCAUUCACUAUAUGAAACAAUGCAAAAUGUCCAAUCUUGCCUUAAAUUCUUGAUAUUGAACUGAAAUACAAAGAACUGGAUGAUAAUUCCUAUUUUUUUGCCUUAUGACCUGUGCUGUAUUUUAAACCCAAGCAUAGCUAUUAUUUUUAGCAGGAUUUAAUAAUUGUACAGAGAAUACCAAAUUGUACUUGGGCUUGACCAGAGUGCUUUGGUUGAGAGUAUAAAAUGAUAUAUGUAGUUUUGUGUAUGUAGAGUGUUUUUACAUGUACAUGUUUUCUAGCGGAGAUGUUCUGGUUUUGUUACUGUUUACAGAAGUGGCAUUUGAGUUCAACAAGAAAAUAACUGUAACCUGCAUUCUCAGUCUUUACUAGUGUUCUCAAUGUGUUUGCUCUUGUGAUAAUGCUCUGUAAGUAUUGUUGUAAGUAUUUCAUUGAAUGUAAAACAGUUUAGUAAAUAAACCUGGGGGAAAACUUA